GCCCCGCAGAAGCAGGCGGCGGCUGCCGACCCAGAGGCUCGCCUGGCCGGCCAGACACCGCUGCCUUCCGCUCCUGGGAUCAUGACCCAGGCGGGGGUCGCCGCCACCGCGGCCCGGAGCGCGUCGCCGGCGGUAAGAAGAAAACAUAACCUAUAGAGACCAUCUUCUGGCAGAAGAUGAUAGAUUUGAACCAGAAAGAGGAGGAGCUGGAAGCCAGGAAUCCAGAGUGAAGAAACCGCGAGCCCUUGGGUUCCUAUCACUGCCACCAUGCCAGAAAUGACAGAGCAUGAGACACCUAUGAAAAAGCAGCACAGAAAGAAGAAUCGGGAGACACACAAUGCAGUGGAGAGGCACAGAAAGAAGAAAAUCAAUGCUGGGAUAAACAGAAUAGGAGAACUGAUUCCGUGUUCCCCUGCUCUGAAACAGAGCAAGAACAUGAUCCUGGACCAAGCCUUUAAGUACAUAACAGAAUUGAAGCGGCAGAACGAUGAGCUUCUGCUCAACGGAGGAAACAGUGAACAAGCUGAAGAAAUUAAAAAGCUACGGAAACAACUGGAAGAAAUUCAAAAAGAAAAUGGCCGAUAUAUUGAAUUAUUGAAAGCAAAUGACAUAUGCUUAUAUGAUGACCCCACAAUCCACUGGAAAGGAAAUCUGAAGAACUCAAAGGUGUCGGUUGUUAUUCCGAGUGACCAGGUCCAAAAAAACAUCAUUGUUUAUUCCAACGGGAGCCAGCCUGGGGGAAACAGCCAGGGGACAGCCGUUCAGGGAAUAACCUUUAAUGUCGGUCACAGCUUGCAGAAGCAAACCGCCAACGUGGUGCCAGUGCAGAGGACCUGCAAGCUUGUGACUCCUGUGUCUAUUUCUGGAGUUUACCCUUCUGAAAACAAGCCGUGGCAUCAGACUACAGUGUCUGCACUGGCUGCCAACCAGCCUGUUCCUCUUUGUCUUCCCGCUGCCAUUUCUGCUCAAAAUAUUCUCGAACUUUCUACUUCCGAAAGCCAAUCAAGUGUGCUUGGUGCCGCUGGUGGCUCACUGAUCACGGUCGCAGUUGGCCCUGACCCUCACCAGCAUCGUUCCUUACAUACAUGCCUAAACGAUCAAAAUGCUUCAGAAAAUAGCAACGGGCAAGAGAGCCCUAAAUCAUCAAAGAAAACAGUUGCGUGUGUCACAAGCACCUCCUCCGGCAACUCAGCAGCUGCCUCUAACGUGCGUCACGAAACCAAAUCUGGCCCGAGUGUGCAGGACUUCAGUGAAGACUUGCACAACACCCCUGCUGUGUCAGUUACCUCCACAGCAUGCUCCGAGCCUCCCAGGUGUACGGGUGACUCUUCCCCGGGGAGCAUUAGCAGGACAGCAGACUCAACGAGUAUGACAACGGUCGUGGCACCAGCUCUUGCCGGUGCGGUGAAGACCACCCUCCCGGUGAGCAGUCUCUCUGCAAACCCUUUGGACAGUGGUUGGACCCUUUCUUGUUCUUUGCCUUCUUCAAGUGUUAGUGCUUCAGAUUUGAAAAACAUCACUAGCCUUACCCGAAUCUCUUCAGCUGGAAACACACAGACAACAUGGACUACUUUGCAUCUGGCCGGAAACACGAUCCAGCCUUUGAGCCAGUCUUCUGUGACUCCAGGACUAAGUGAGUCUGGCACCAGCCCUACCCCAAGCCCCCACAAGCAUGUGGCUACCGGCAUCACCUUGAACAAUUCCCUUCCAGCAGAUGGGCCGCCAGCUGAGCAAGUAAUGGGAACUUUGCCUUCAUGUCCACCCUUACCUAUGCAGCCACCAACUGCCCAGCCACAAGUUAAAUCUCAGCCUCCAAAAAACAUCCUUCCCUUGAACUCAGCAAUGCAAGUGAUUCAGAUGGCUCAGCCAGUUGGGUCAGCUGUCACUGCGGCUCCAGGUAACCAAAACGUUAUCAUUCUUCAGCCACCCAGCACGACCCCAUGCCCAGCAAUGAUGAGAGCGGAGGUUCCCAGCCAAGCAGUAGGUCAGCAGAUUGUCAUCAUACAGGCAGCCAAUCAGAACCCAUUGCCACUCCUCUCUGCUCCCCAUCCUGGUCCUGUUCGACUUCCUGUUAAUGGGGCCAGUGCUAUAAUAGGGUCUCAUAAUUCAGUGCAAAAUGUGCCAGCCCCACAGACUUUUGGGGGGAAGCAUCUUGUCCACAUAUUACCAAGACCUUCAUCUUUACCCAUGUCUAAUUCAACCCAAACCUUUUCUGUUACCAUGUCGAACCAACAGCAGCCUCAGACCAUUUCUUUAAAUGGACAGCUCUUUGCUUUGCAGCCUGUCAUGUCUUCAUCAGGAACUACAAAUCAAACCCCUAUGCAAAUUAUUCAACCCACCACCAGCGAAGACCCAAAUACCAAUGUUGCCCUGAACACAUUUGGGGCUCUGGCCAGCCUCAAUCAGAGCAUAUCCCAGAUGGCUGGCCAGAGCUGUGUACAGUUGUCUAUUAGCCAGUCUGCUAAUCCUCAGACUCCUGCAAACAGUCAAACCAGUCCCGCUAACUGUGUUCCCCUAGCAACAACCGUAGCACCUCCCGUGACAACAGAUAAUUCAGCCACACUAGCCAGUACUUACAGCCUAACAACAGCCUCCUCUACAAACCCUGUCACUUGUUUGCCCCCUACCAUGAAAUCCAAAAGACUGAACAAGAAGCCAGGUGCCAAGAAACAUGCAGCUAACAAGCCAGCGUGUCCCCUGAGUUCAGCCAGAGAUGUGGGCAAGCUAGAUGGCCCCAGCACAGACAGCUCAGCAGAACUGUCGUGUAGUGAUGGACUGCUGGACAGCCUUCCAGUCAGCCUAGCGUCUGUCGCCGUGUCCCAGGCCAAGAGUGUUAGCAGUUCUGCUCCACUGGCCAUUCUGAGUUCUGAAUCAGUAGCCCCCGAGUCUGUGUCCAGAUCUAAGUCAGCAGAAGACUGUAGCUCAUCCUCCCAAGACUCUGAAACAAAUGAACAGUUUGCAGUGGGCCCAGCAAAAUCCAAAGAUUCUACUCCCAUCUUGCAAGAGACAUCUCAGGGCACACCACCAACUGCCGUAGCAUUGUCCAGUGCUACAGAAUCCUGCACCACAACCAAUGUGUUGACUCCAUCUCCGAUUGAGUCCCAGAUUGUGGUUUCUCAGGUUUCUGGUAUGCCAUCCACUACAAGCACUUCGAGCACUGACUGUAUUUCUGAGGUAGAAAUUGUGGCAGAACCUUGCCCAGUUCAGCAGGAUUCACUGGACACCAUGCAAACCCCAGGGCCUUUAAAGGGGCAGGGUCUGACUAUGUUGCUGUCUGAUCUUACUAAAGAAAAAGACCUUCAGAAACCAUCUCUUUCUGUCCAGAUGGAUCACCCUGAUUUUUCUCCAGAAGAUUCUAAGCUGGGUGAUUCUAAUGUUGAUUUGCAUCCCAAGCAGGAACUCUUACUGAUGCACGAUGACAGAGACCCAGCACAGCACCACUCCUGUCUCCCCGAUCAAGAGGUCAUUAAUGGCUCUCUGCUCCCCGGCAGGCAGGCCGACUCUCCCAUGUCAACCAGCUCUGGCAGUAGUCGCAGUUUCUCGGUUGCAUCCAUGCUUCCUGACGCAGCUCGGGAAGACGUGACCAGCAGCACAGCAGCUAACACAUGUGACAGUUGUACCUUCGCAGAGCAAACUGACAUCGUAGCCCUUGCAGCAAGAGCUAUUUUGGACCAGGAGAACAUUGAGAAGGGAAGGGUUGGCACACAGGCUGAGAUGAGGGAGGUUACUUCCAAGCCUUCUGAAACCUCUUUAGAGGGAGAGCAGCCUUUUAAACCACAGGUCCAUAAGGAGCCUUGCACAGGACAGGCAGAUGCAACACCAAAUGAAUUUAACUCUCAGGAUUCAGUAGAAGUCACAGUUGAUAGGCCUCUCGAAAAGCCUAGCUGUUCUCUGGGAAUUAAAACAUCAAAUGCCUCCUUACAGGUGUCGGCGUCUCAGCCACCAAGUCUUACCAGUUUAAGUGUGAAUAAUCUUAUCCAUCAGAGCAGCAUCAACCAUCCUCUGGUCAGCUGCACGGGGUUAUCGCAGCCUUCCGAGCAAACAUCUAUUCCUGUGACCGUCAAUAUGACUGUUGCAUCCAGUUCUUAUGGCAGCCAGCCUCCUGUGCCACCUCUGAUGACAGAAUAUUCUCAGGAACAGCUGAAUAGCAUGACUAGCGCCAUACCAAAUCCACAGAUUCAAGAACCCCUUCCAAAGCCUAGUCACGAAAGCCGUAAAGAUUCUGCAAAGCGCACUGUACAAGAUGAUCUUUUACUGUCUUCAGCCAAACGCCAAAAGCAUUGUCAGCCAGCCCCUCUCAGGCUUGAGAGUAUGCCCCUGAUGAGCCGGACUCCAGACAGCAUUCCUGAUCAAACUCAAAUGAUGGUGAGUCAGAUCCCCACCAACUCUUCAAACUCAGUUGGACCUGCUAGCAACCCAGCGCAUGGUGACGGCCUUACCCGGCUAUUCCCUCCUGGUAACAACUUUGUGGCACCUGCAUUGAGGCAGACGGAAGUUCCGUGUAGUUCUCAGCCUCCUGUUGCUGAGCAACAGCAGCAAACUCAGGCAAGUCAACAUCUGCAGGCCCUGCAGCAGCAUGUACCAGCUCAAGGGGUGUCUCACCUUCAUACUAACCAUCUCUACAUCAAGCAGCAGCAGCAGCAGCAGCAGCAGCAGCAGCAAGCAGGACAGUUAAGAGAGAGGCAUCACUUGUAUCAGCUACAGCAUCACGUGCCUCAUGCAGACAGUGCUGUCCACUCCCAGCCCCACAUUGUGCACCAACAGAGAACUCUACAACAGGAAGUUCAGAUGCAGAAGAAGAGAAAUCUCGUUCAGGGUACUCCUGCCUCUCAGCUGUCCUUACAACCGAAACACCAUGGGACUGAUCAGUCGAGACCCAAGAGUAGUCAGCCACAUCCUCACCAUCAACAGAUGCAGCAACAGAUGCAGCAACACUUUGCAAGUUCCCAGCCGGAGAAGAGCUGUGAAAACUCUUCAACUAACCGGGGUCACCAUAGCCAUGCCCAGAACCGUCUCAAUCAAGAUAUUCUGCACCAGCAACAGGAUGUUGGAAGCAGACAGCAAGGUUCAGCGGUUUCUUCUGACCAUGUAUCCGGACAUAAUCCAAUGCAGAGGCUUUUGCCGUCAAGAGGCUUAGAGCAGCAAAUGGUGUCCCAACCCAGUAUUGUGACUAGGUCUUCAGACAUGACCUGUGCUCCACACAGGCCAGAGAGAAACCGAGUGUCAAGUUACUCUGCUGAGGCACUCAUUGGAAAGUCAUCAUCUACUUCGGAGCAGAGAAUGGGCAUGUCGAUUCAGGGCUCAAGGGUGUCAGAACAGCUGGAAAUGAGAAGCUAUCUUGAUGUUCCCAGGAAUAAAAGCUUGGCACUUCAUAAUAUGCAGGGUCGUAUGGACCAUCCCGUCCCCCUUCCUGAUUGUCAGACAUUCAAACCAGCUGGAGCCAGCCAACAGCCCCAGAGUAAUUUUGAAGUACAAUCUUCAAGAAAUAAUGAAAUAGGUAACCCUGUGCCAUCACUGAGAAGCAUGCAGUCCCAGGCUUUUCGAAUUAGUCAAAACACUGGCCCACCACCAAUCGACCGACAAAAGAGAUUAUCUUAUCCACCAGUUCAGAGCAUCCCGACAGGAAAUACCGUCCCACCAAGGGACAAUGAGAAUACAUGUCACCAGAGUUUCAUGCAAAGUUUACUUGCUCCUCACCUUGGUGAUCAGGUCCUUGGGAGCCAAAGGUCACUCUCAGAACACUCAAGGAAUACACAAUGUGGUCCAUCUUCAACAAUUGAAUAUAAUUGUCCCCCAGCUCGUGAGAGUGUUCAUAUUAGAAGAGAGAGUGAAAGUCAGAAUAGGGAGAGUUGUGACAUGUCUUUAGGUACAAUUAACACCAGGAACAGCACUUUGAAUAUUCCUUUUUCAAGUUCCUCUUCCUCAGGAGAUAUUCAAGGUCGAAACACAAGUCCCAAUGUUUCUGUACAGAAGUCUAAUCCCAUGAGGAUUACUGACAGUCAUGGGACCAAGGGCCACAUGAACCCUCCUGUCACAUCCAACAUGCAUGGGGUUGCAAGGCCAACUUUGCCACACCCAUCUGUGUCUCAUGGGAAUGCUGACCAAGGGCCUCCUGUACGUCAGGCUAACUCUUCAGUUGUCCACAGGUCAAGACAUCCCCUGCAAGACAGCGGUGGUUCCAAAAUCCGCCAGCCUGAAAGGAAUCGUUCUGGAAAUCAAAGGCACAGCAAUGUCUUUGAUCCAAGUCUUCCUCAUCUUCCUCUCUCUACUAGCGGCAGCAUGAUUCUUGGACGUCAGCAACCUGCUGCAGAAAAGAGAGGGAGUAUUGUCCGUUUCAUGCCUGAUAGUCCACAAGUACCUAAUGAUAAUUCAGGUCCUGACCAGCAUACGCUGUCACAAAAUUUUGGUUUCCCUUUUAUUCCGGAGGGUGGCAUGAAUCCACCAAUAAAUGCGAAUACUUCCUUCAUUCCACAGGUUACCCAGCCCAGUGCUACACGAACUCCAGCUCUCAUCCCAGUAGAUCCCCAAAACACUCUCCCCUCCUUCUACCCCCCCUAUUCCCCUGCUCACCCUACUCUGUCCAAUGACAUUUCAAUCCCUUAUUUUUCUAAUCAAAUGUUCUCCAAUCCUAGCACAGAGAAAGUAAACAGUGGAAGUUUAAACAACCGAUUUGGAUCCAUUUUAUCUCCUCCCAGACCCGUUGGCUUUGCGCAGCCAAGCUUUCCUCUUCUCCCUGAGAUGCCGCCAAUGCACAUGGCCAACUCUCACCUAUCCAAUUUUAAUAUGACAUCAUUGUUUCCGGAAAUAGCAACGGCUCUUCCUGAUGGCUCCGCGAUGUCACCUUUGCUCACCAUAGCAAACUCCUCUGCUUCUGACUCCUCCAAGCAGUCCUCAAACAGACCUGCUCACAACAUAAGCCAUAUCUUAGGGCACGAUUGCAGCUCAGCUGUUUAAAUCCAGAGAGACUGCACGUGGGGGUUCGAGUUGAUGCGACAACUGUUCUUGUGUGUAUACAUGUGCAUUGAGAGGACUUGUGUGGGUGUGUGUCUUUGUUUUGGAUAGCCAUUUUUCACUUAGCUUCUGAUUAUAAGGAAGUCAUGUCAGAGAGGAUGCAUACACUGGGGUUGUCAAAACAAUCACCUUUCAUUUCUGAGUGAUGUGCUUUCUUUAAUCAUUUAAAUGAAUUUUACCUUUCCAAGUUUGAUUUGUAAUCUUUUAUUCCCUAAGUACUAAUCAACCAGAAGUUGAAGAGAUCUUGGCACAUGCUGGAUAGUAGGAAGGAGCUGAGAUUUCAAACUCAGUUGUUGCUAAGUUGUAAAAUAGAUAGUUGAGAUGGCUGAGUUGCAAAUCCAAAAGUAAAAGCAACUUGAAAAAACAUGAUUCAUCCCUUGGUUGAUGUCAACAGCUAACAGUUCUGUGCCGCGGCAAGUGAUAAAUUGGUAAUGAGUUAAAUUCCAUAAGUCAAGUCAAGCAGAUAGAAAAUCCAUGAAGUGUUUGAUUCCUGAGGUCUGUUACAGGCACUUAUUUCUUAAUUAUAAUUUUUAAUAAACUACCUAAAUUUCAUGUCUUGUUCUUCAGAGAGCCACAUUAUCCUUUAAUGUGCCAAGAUCAUGUAAAGCAAAAGUCUUCCUUAAACAAUGAGCCUUAAGAGUACAAAGCUAAGACAGAAUACAGGAGUGCUUUCUACUUAGUACUUGGGUUUUGCAUUAGUCCAAAGAAGAACAGCAGUUGUACUGUGGCUUUUUAGGGUCAGUUAGUGACCAGUGCUUCACCAGUUGAGUUGAUUGAGUAUUCUCCCUUCAUUUUAUUUAUUUGGUCUUGAAACAGAUUAAUUUACAAUCACUUAAGUAUUAGAACUGCUCAUAUUGUGUUUAGAAUAUUGUCUUUAGAAGACACAUUUGAGUCUUUUCAGAUAUUUCUAAAUAGAGUUUUAAGCUGUCUCAGUAUUUUCAUUUACUGAUUAUAUUAAAUGUUGCAUUGUAAAUUGCAUUAUUAUCCUUCAUAAUUUUAAGGAAAUGAAUUCAUUAUUUUUCUUGUAGGUAUGAAAUGGUGCUUCACAAAAAUACAUUCUCUAUGUAUAUCAGUGAGUUUAUGAGUGAGAGUGCAUGUGAGAACGGGUUUUAAAGUAUAGACUGGUCCUUGCUAUUGGAGAUGUCUAUCAUAUAUAUAAAUACAUUUAUCAUGUUGUACAUGAUAAAUAGAUACAGUCUUGUCUCAAUUAAAAAUGAACAGUAGGACUGCCAUCUGCAGGUGGAAAAUUGAGACUUUCUCUAGAGCAGUGGCUCUGAACCUUCCUAAUGAGACCCUAAUACAGUUCCUCAUGUCAUGGUGACCCCAAUCAUAAAAUUAUUUUCAUUGCUACUUCAUAACUGUAAUUUUGCUACUGUUAUGAAUCGUAAUGUAAAUACCUGUGUUUUCCAAUGGUCUUAGAUGACCCCUGUGAAAGGCUGUUUGUGACCCACACAGGUUGAGAACUCCUGCUCUAGAACAUGGGAAAACACGAGGUGGUUUUUUUUUUUUAAAAAAAAUUCUCUCAUACAUUACAUCCCAACCACAGUUUCCCCUCCCUCCACUCUUCCCAGCACUCCUCCUCCACCUCUCCACUCCUCCAGAUCCACUUCUCCAUUUCCUUCUAGAACAAAGAGCAGGCUUCCCAGGGAUCUCAACCAAACAUGGCGUGACGAGUUACAGUAAACUAGACAGAAAUCCUAAUAUCAAGGUUGGACAAGGCAACCCACUAGGAGGAAAAGGGUCCUUCUGUGGAUGUUUUUUAACCCAUUGAGUUAGUAACGAUUUUAAAGCAUAUAUUAAAUCUUGAGAGCUUAAAACUAAGAAAAAGUUAUAUGUACUGAAUUUUUUAAAACCAUUUAAACUCUUAGCUUUCAACUGUUGCUCUGUUCUGUUGAAAACUGAAGGGAAAGAGAGGGAGAGGUCUCUGCUGGCUUGGUGGAAGCAAGCACAAGGACCAGCAGAGGUUUGGGGUCUGGGGUUUUUAUUUUGGUUGUUUUCUUUUUAUACUAAUAAAACCUCCCGAGGCCUGGUCAGAGCAGAUACUGCUGAAUGCCUGUCUAAAGGCACAGCGGAAAGGAGGUUGCCUGUGCUUCGUCAACUGUUUUCAUGAGACCCCUCCCUCCACUGCCCUUGAAAAUCACCCCGUCCUGGUGAACAAAGCAAACCCGUGUUUCCUCCCCACACAGUGUUCCUGGGGGAGAAGAGAACGUCACAGAUGCAUUACUUAGUGCAUGAACAACAGCACAACAGAUAAGUUACCGAGGAAAAAGAAACAUUUAUGAAUCGCUUUUAAGCAUUAAUAUUCAGAGUUUUCUUUGUACUUGGAAGGUCCAGUUUGCCAAUUCCAUUCUAUAUGGCCAUUGAUUACUCCCUCCCACCUUCUCUUAGUGGCUGUCUUUCACAUAUACAUCUUUACAUCAUGGUGGCGCUUGAGUCCUGAAGGGCAGGCUUGCUUUAUUGGAACAAAGGCUAUAUGCCAUGGAGGAACUCCAGUUUUGUGUUGUUUUUGAGAUAGGGAUCUUGCUGUGUUGUCCAGACUGGCCUUGAAUUCCUGAGCAUAAGCAGUACUUCCACCUCCGCCUCUACGUAGCCGGGCCUAGGGGUGGACUCCACCACCCAGCUGAGGUGCUCCGUUUGCGAUUGCAGCGUAAGUCCUAAAGGCUGUUAAGACUUUGAGUUUGUUUUGGCUGGUUGUCGGCAGCUCAGCUCUGUCCAGAGACAGCAUUGCAUUGUCAGGGCUUUUGUGCUGAGAAUACAGGACCGGGAUGUUGUCUGACUCUCAGCCUUCUGUGACCAUCUGGAGAGAGAUGUAAAUGAUUGGACUCCUGCUCACAUGUGGCUCUAAUUGAAGACAUAAUGCGUUUGUGUGUGAGAGAUCAUUUCAUAUAUGGACUCAGAUGAGAAAUAGUUUGCACUGCGCUCCUACUUGGUUUAACAAUCUGGGUACUUAUCAGUGUUACUGAUUAAAGCUACAUGAUUUGGGGAGGAAACUUAAAUGGUUUUUGGUAAUAUCUAGAUAAAACUUUUGUUGAAGUAAUGGAAGGAAAUGCAGUCAAAUUUGAUCAUAAGUUUCAUGUUGUCCUAACCUUUUGACAUGACUUUAUAAAAGAUCUCCACAGAUAACUUUGUAAUUUCUGGAAAUACACAAAAUCAUGUCUGCCACCUAAGUGAGAGUCAUUGAUCAACUCAUUUUGUUCUAUUUAUUGAUCAUACAGAAUCACUGGACGUGCUCUGUUCCUCUCAGCCUUCCACAGUUAAAUUCUAAUGAAGUGAAAAAUUUUAGAUUUCUCUAUGUAUACUUACUUCUACAGUGAAUUUGUUAAAUAUGUCGAGCAUAGAUGAAAUAAAUCCAUUUUCAUGUUUUUAAUAGACAUUGGGUUUUUGUAAGUCUUACAUUUCUUCAGGAGUUAUGUUUUUAUUUUUAUUAGAAUGGCUCUGAGAUGCCAGUGGUCACUCCCUGUCUGAGUGGAGGGCAGGAUUCCCACAGCGGUGUGAUUUCAAAAGUCUGAGAGAUCUAACCUCUGGGGUUGGGAGGUGAGGUGUCUGCAGCAGUCCCCCGACACUGACCAGCAUUAUGCUGAACUGCAAUGGAGGUUAGCUUUUUCCAUCAGCCUUGUGUUUUAGCAUCUUAGGAAGACUUCGUUUGCCUU